AUGAGCGGCCGACUACAACCCCGAGAAGAGAUUACACCACGAGCUGUUCCGUUGGACUACAAUUGGGCCUGUGAACUUGGAAUCAUCCUACGACCGACAUCUUUUGACACUUCCAUCUGCGAUGAACGUGGAGAUGAACGUGGAAAUGGUCCACUUUACUCUGGCGUCCCACUGUCAGAGAUCGUGAAGAAGUUGGACGUUGAACGUCUCGUUGCCGGCAUG